AUGGACCGCGGAGCUGCCGCGGCCCAGGGCACUGCCCCGCCUCAGGAUGGAGAGCAACCCGCGGAAUCUCCAGAGCCGCCGCCGCCGUGGCCGCCGCCGCAGCCGCCGCUCCUGCCGUCGCCGCCGGCGCGGGCUCCUCGGCUGCUCUGCGCGCCUUCGCCGGAACCGGCACCGCAGUUCUGUCCCGAGCUUGCUCCAGAACCUGGUCCGGAGGCGACCCCAGAACCAGCCUCAGAACUAGACACAGAACCGGUCCUAGAACCGGAUAGAGAACCAGCCCCAGAUCCAGCCCCUGAGCUAAUCCCAGUACCAGCCGUAGAACCGGCCCCCGAGCCGGCCCCAGUACCAGCCAGAGAACCAGCCACAGAGUCCUGCCCUGAGCCGGCUCAAGUGUCCCGUCUGGAGCAGAGCCCAGCACCACAUUUAUUGCAGUGUCCGGUGGUCGCUCCAGAGAAGGGUCUAAGGACCUCGCCAACGCCGCGAACACCAGUGCCAGUGCCGCUGUCCAGUAUAAAGGUGCAUGAUGACUGCAGGAGACGGUUUUCCAAGGAAUGCUGGUUUGGAAGUCAUCGAUCAUCAGUCAUUCCUCCCACUGCCCUGAGCGACCCCAAAGGUGAUGGCCAAUUAGUAGUAUCUCCAGACUUUUGGCAUCUUGAUUGGUCUUCAGCCUGUUCAUGCCCCCUUCUCAUCUUCAUCAACUCCAAAAGCGGCGAUCAUCAAGGGAUCGUCUUCCUCCGGAAAUUCAAGCAGUACCUUAACCCAUCUCAAGUGUUUGACCUGUCGAAGGGUGGACCUGAAGCCGGGCUCUGCAUGUUCAAGAACUUUGCUCGCUUUCGCGUGGUGGUUUGUGGUGGAGAUGGCAGUGUGAACUGGGUCUUAUCUCUGAUUGAUGCCUUUGGAUUACAUGAACAGUGUCAGCUGGCAGUCAUCCCUCUUGGAACUGGUAAUGACCUGGCCCGUGUCCUCGGCUGGGGUGCAUUCUGGAACAAAAACAAGUCACCUCUGGACAUCCUCAACAGAGUAGAGCAAGCUGGUGUGAGGAUUCUAGACAGAUGGAGUGUGAUGAUCCGUGAGACUCCCAGACAAACCCCAUUGCUAAGAGGGCAAGUUGAAAUGGACGUACCCCGAUUUGAGGCUGCUGCCAUCCAACACUUAGAAUCUGCAUCCACUGAGUUAAACAAAAUCCUGAAGGCCAAGUACCCGACAGAGAUGAUUAUUGCAACCAGAUUCCUGUGCUCAGCAGUGGAAGAUUUUGUGGUUGAUAUUGUAAAGGCCUGGAGCCGGAUAAAGCAGAACAAUACAGCAAUAGAGUCUGUCAUUUUGAAAAGCGACUUAAUGUACGACAAGCUCAGUGUCCUGAUUGAUAUCCUUGCUGAGGAUGCAGCUGUUGAGAAGAGUGCCAAAGCACAUAAAGAAAGUGCCAAGGCAGAUGGAAAGUGCUCCAUCCCUCAAAUAGACCACAUAGCCAAGUGCAAGUUGGAACUGGCUACAAAGGCCCAGAAUCUCCAAAAGUCGUUGAAACUCAUCAUAUUCCAAGUUGAACAAGUUCUUGAUGAGCAAAGCCGACAGACAAUAUCAGUUAAGAACUUCAGUUCAACUUUCUUCCUAGAAGAUGACUCAGAAGAUAUUAACCAGAUGAGCCCAAGACACCGUUCUCGUCUUGGUACUCUGUCUUCUAUAUCUUCUCUCAAAAGUGAAGACCUAGAAAACCUCAAUUUGGAGCACUUACAUUUUACACCUGAAACUAUACGCUUCAAAGAAAAGCGUGUCAUGAACAACUAUUUUGGAAUUGGACUAGAUGCUAAAAUUUCUCUGGAAUUCAACACCAGAAGAGAUGAACACCCAGGACAAUACAAUAGCCGCUUUAAGAACAAGAUGUGGUAUGGCCUUCUGGGAAGCAAGGAACUCUUUCAGCGCUCUUACAGGAAACUGGAAGAACGAGUGCACCUGGAGUGUGAUGGAGAGGCCAUCUCCUUGCCAAAUCUGCAAGGCAUUGUAGUGCUCAACAUUACCAGCUAUGCCGGAGGCAUCAACUUUUGGGGAAGCAGCACGGCAACCACAGAAUAUGAGGCUCCUGCGAUAGAUGAUGGGAAGCUAGAAGUAGUGGCAAUCUUUGGUUCUGUACAGAUGGCAAUGUCUCGUAUCAUCAACCUGCAUCAUCAUCGCAUCGCCCAGUGCCGUGAGGUGAUGAUAACUAUCAAUGGUGAAGAAGGUGUCCCAGUGCAGGUGGAUGGGGAGGCCUGGGUUCAGAGGCCAGGCCUUAUCAAGAUUAGAUACAAGAACACUGCUCAGAUGUUGACCAGAGAUCGGGACUUUGAGAACUCAAUGAAAAUGUGGGAGUGCAAGCAUUCUGAAAUCCAAGCUGCCUCUCAACCCCAGCUGGAUUCCCAGGAAUCUCAAGAUAGCCUCUCUGAUGAGGAGUAUGCCCAGAUGCAGCACUUAACUCGGCUUGCAGAAGACCUCAUCAGCAGACUUACUGACCUGAGCAAGGUCCACCAGCAUGUGUCUGUCCUCAUGGAUUCUGUGAAUGCCAGUGCUAACACCCUAAAUGAAGUAUUUUACAAACAGGAGAGUGGCAAUGAGACAGCUGCAGCUUCCUGCACUCCCAUUGAGACUUUAACCAGAAAUGAUGCAGUAGAUGUUACAUUUAGUCUUAAAGGGCUCUACGAUGACACCAAAGCUUUCCUGGAUGAAAACUUGCUGAGAAAUGCUGAAUAUGAGGCCACACUGAAAAUUUCCCUGGAUGCCAUGAAUAAGGAGUUUGAAAAGCUGUCCAAGAUUGACUGGAUGAAUUCAAUCCUUUUCCCAGAGGAAAAGUCCUCAGACACUGACAGCAAAAGCUUCAGAUUGAAAGUUAAGUUCCCCAAAUUGGGGAAAAAGAAGUCAGAAGAGGAAUACAAGCCUAAAUCAGGCCAAGGCAUCCCAGGUUUUAUUGGAAAUUUGUGGCAUCACAGACAUCAUGAAGAUGAAGCAAAAUAUGAUGAUUCUCCAACACCAUCAGGAUCUCAACUAUAAUCCUGGAAAGAUGGAAGAACUCACAACAUUUAGGAUUCUACUAAAAACUCUUGAAACCUCAAUACAGGCUAGACUAAAUUAUUUCAGAACAAACAUGAGCACCACCAAGAAAGAUCCUCCAAAUCUUUACACUAAUACAUUUUUGUCUGGACUCAAUCAGGUCUCCUUAGAGGUUUACAUUUUCUCAUUGGCCAAAGAUUCUUGUUCCGAGUUGUCUUGUUCAGUUCUCUUCGUGCAUCUUGAGCAACUACAAUAUUUAAUUGAGAUAUGCUUUUUGUGAAUGGCCUAGGAUCUGCAAAGGAUUCAAGGGAGUUCACUUUUUCAGGGAGUUGGGGAAUGUUUUUCUCUGACUGGCAGAAAAACUGCUGAUGCUAGGAAAUGAAUGAAAGAAA